AGAUUGAUAUUUUAUUUUAGCUAUAAUGGACAUUCGGUAUGAAGAAGAAGAGAUUUACUUGUUGGGGUUUCCAAGAAUAAUAAUUUCAUCAGGGUUGAUGUUUUUUAUGGGGUUCCAACAGACUCGUAAAAAACAGUGCAAGAAAUGGCUUGAGAAUAAGGGUUUCGUGUAGAAAUGGUGUUGUCUGUAAAUGGGCGGGGAAAGUAAGGGAUCUUAGGGCUUUUAUUGCAUUUGGUUUCCUUGCUGUGUGCUGAUUGUAAUGUCAGGGUUUUGUGGAUGAAUUGAGGUUUGUUUUGCAAGAAGGAUAGCGUUUUGUACGUUUGUAGUUUGAACGAGGUGCAGGAAGAUUGAUGCAGAGUUUGUUUGAGUUGUGACAGGUUCUUUUGCGAUGCUUUGCUAGAAAGAAGAAAGAUGUGAUGCUUUGAUGCCGGAUUUAGUGGUGUUAGAGUUAGUCUUCCGUUGCAGAGCCUCGAUUUCUUGGAAUUCUGGACGAGGAAUGUAAAAUUUUAUGCUGGAAGAUGGAUUUAAUGAUUUUCUUUUUAUUUUUGCUGUAAGAAGUGAAAAUAUGGUGGAAUGCUGCAGCAGAUUAGUUAGCUUUUGGCUUUGAAGAACCUGGUAAAGUUUGACACCUUUGAAGUAGGCAGUAAAGGCCAUCUGCUUUACUAGAUCGGUUAACAAGAUUUGACUUGGAACGAAGUAGUAUACGUCAGCUGCUUUACCAGAUUGGUUAACAGGGUUUUUCGUUGAAGGAAGUAAAAUUCAGCUGCUUCAGUAGAUCAAUUAACUGGUUCUGAUGUUGAAGGGUUUAUUUAAGGUAGAGGGCUUAAAAGUGUUUAGGGAUCUGCAGAUUUAGAUCAUGUUGAGAAAAAAUAAAGUCUGUUACGAUAUGAAAGGGUCAGCUUUAUCGGGAUUGAGAGGGAAGCAGGUGUCCCUAACACUUGUUGCACUGAUCUGCAUGACAUUUCUUGUUUGGGGAUGGGAAAGGGUUCCAUUUUCAAAUGUUUUCCCAGCAGUUGAUAGCAUCCCAAGAGUUGUUCGCUAUGGCAAUAUGCAUCAGGACAAUCGAUUAGGAAUGUUUUUUUCAGGGUCACCUCUGGAAACACCUUCAGGCAUUGAAAAUUCUUUCUUCACAUCAGCUGGAGGAUCUCCAUCUAUUUCAGCUGAAAAGUCACUACCCAUUAGGCCAUUUCUGCCUGACAUGUCUGGCACAACUGAAGAGUUAACAUCUGAUAGGUCUUCUCCUAAGUCAGAGAAAGAUGUCCUUGUUGGAGUUUACAACCCAGAUGCAAAUACCACUCUUCAUUCCAGCUCAUCUGAAGAAGAGAAUUCUGCAGUAGUUGGAGAAUCAGCAUCCAUUGAGACAAAAGUAUGUGAUUACAAUAUAGGAAAAUGGGUUGAGGAUAGCCACAGGCCCUUAUAUUCAGGCAAAAUGUGUAAGCGCUGGUUAUCAGAAAUGUGGGCAUGCAGGCUAACACAACGUACUGAUUUUUCAUACGAGAAGUACCGCUGGCAGCCCGAUAACUGUGACAUGCCUGACUUUGAAGGACAGGAGUUUCUUAAAAGAAUGCAGAGCAAGACACUUGCAUUUAUUGGGGAUUCACUGGGAAGACAACAGUUCCAAUCUAUGAUGUGCAUCCUUACUGGUGGAAAAGAUAGCCCAGAUGUUGAAGAUGUAGGUAAAGCAUAUGGUUUGGUCCGUGCUCGACAUGCAAUUAGGCCAGAUGGCUGGGCAUUUAGGUUUCCUAAGACAAACACAACUGUUUUGUACUAUUGGUCAGCAAGCAUCUGUAAUGUUGAACCAUUGAACUUGCCUGAUCCAUUAACCAACUGGGCAAUGCAUCUCGAUCGACCUCCAUGGUUUUUAAGUCAAAAUAUUCAUAGGUUUGAUGUUGUGGUUUUAAACACAGGGCACCAUUGGAACAGAGGGAAAUUAAACGCAAAUAGAUGGCAGAUGUAUUUGAAUGGACAGCCAGACAAUGGCAAGUCCAUGAGAGACAUCAGAAGUGCUCAAAAUUUCACGGUGCACAGUGUUGUGAAAUGGCUUGAUGGACAGUUAAAUAAGCAUCCUAAUCUAAGGGCUUUUAUGAGAACUUUAUCACCUCGGCACUUCUUCAAUGGGGAUUGGGAUUCAGGAGGUCGCUGUGAUAACACAUCACCAUUGUCUAGAGCAAAUAAAUCUCCAGAGGAUCGAGCUCAUGAUCCAGUGUCUGAAAAUGCUGUGAAGGGUACACGAGUUGAACUUUUGGAUAUUACUGGCUUUUCACAGUUAAGAGAUGAGGCACAUAUGUCAAAAUAUAUGCUCAGAGCGAAGAAUGGUGCUCAAGAUUGCCUUCAUUGGUGUCUUCCAGGAGUUCCUGAUACAUGGAAUGAGCUUCUCUUUGCACAGCUGUUUUUUCCAUUGGGGAAGAAUUCAUCAGUCAAUAUGAUAUCAUAGUAUCAUCAUUCUUUCGUUAGGAUUGUAAUGGAUUAUAGGCUCAUCACUAAAAUUUUGCCUAGCUGAUUGUACGGCAGGUAGAUCGUGCAUUUGGAGAAUAUUUGUAACAGGAGUAAAAUAUUAAAAGAAAGGUGGGUUUACUUAUUUGCCAUAUUGGAAGCUAAUGCUUUCUACAGAAGAAAAACACAAGAACAAGGAAUUGUCUUGUGCCCACCAUUAUUUAUAUUUUCUUAAUGAUGCAGCUGGAAAAUGCUGGAAAAUGAAAAUUUGUAAGUUCAUUCUUGGCAAAAAGGCAAUUUACCUUUUGUGCCACAUUAUAAAUAAACAAGAUAAUCAUUAGCAGGUGCCA